AUGCCAGCUACACUCUGGCUAGCUCCUAGCCGCUAUGGCUAUAAAUAUCCCCUUCCCACCUAUUCUCCGUCCAACACUAUCCUUAUUUCGACUCAAAUACCACUCCAAAAAUCUCCCUCUGAUCUUCCGUUAUACUUUCUUCUAUUUAGUCGUGUCCUAUAUAUCGUCGGAGGACGCCUAAUACUAGUAACCACGGAAUCACGAGCGAAUCCUCUUAUACCUCUCCCAUCGAUACCGAUAAUAAUAGACCUGCCCGAUAAUGACACGGAUAAGGACCUGGCCCAAGUACCAGAGGAUUACAGCCGAUCCAAUAAAACAAAGAAGUUAAAACUUCGACUAAAAGAGCGUUGGGCUUGGUACUACCAAAUGAAAGCAAUAGAACCAUCCACUAAUCAUAAGUGGGGGGUUAUAGAGGAUACACUACGUGAGGCGUCACUAAAUGAUAUAUAUCGAUUUCUCAAUUGGUGUCUGAAGCUAGAGUAUAGUCCCGAUGGUCGCCGUUAG